CAAUCACUGCUGUGAUCCCUUCCCAAAACGGUGUAUGUAGCCCUCUCUUUCUCAUUCCCCAUAAUAUUGUACUAGAAAUCUUUAUUAAAUGCUUUAGGUUAAAACAAUUACUCUGACGAUGUUUGAAACACGCUUUGACGUCUCCGUAUGUCUAUACCGUGGGCCUUCUCAGUUUUUCAAGUCACCAGCCUCCACUGAUCACAGUGCUAGCUGUGCCACUAGAGAUCCUGGUUCGAGUCCAGGCUCAGUCGCAGCCGGCCACGACCGGGAGACACAUGGGGCGGUGCAUAUUUGGCCCAGCGUUGUCCGGGUUAGGGGAGGGUUUGGCCGGCAGGGAUGUUCUUGUCCCAAAUUGGGGAGAAAAAGGAAUAUGAAAAUACAAUAGUUUCCAGGGGGGUGGGUUGAUUCUCCUCCAGAUAUCAAACAGAAAAAGGCAUCUAGAAUUAGCAUGCCAACAAGACUACAUUUUGUUGGAUCCAGGUAGGACUGUAUCAUAGCCACAGAGACAUUCCUGCAUAAAUGCCUGCAGGAGGAUGGAUGGGACUUAUCAUACAACAGCAACAUCAACCUGUGGAAACCUAUCUUACACAUGCCAGGAGGGAGUGAAAACCUCCAGUGCAAACAGCUACUCCAUUUGCUCUACAUAAAAGCAUGUACUGUAGGCUAUGCAUGCAGAGUAGGGUUGAUUAUUUUUCCCGGUAUUUUACAAAUGUUCCAUCCCGAGAAUAAAUCACUUUUCUCCCAGGGAACCUGGUGUCAUUCAAAAGCAUAUAAUUAGGCCUAUGUCUGGAUUUGAUUAGAGCUUUGAUCUAAAAUUCAAGCCUGAUGCUACCUGAGCCUGAUGAGCCCUACAUUAAAGACAUUUAAUGAGCCCAAGCCCAAAGAAGCCCAAAUUAUUGUGCCAUUAUUCAAUACAUACAGUGCAUUCGGGAAGUAUUCAGACCUUUUGACUUUUAACACAUUUUGUUACGUUACAGCCUUAUUCUAAAAUUGAUUAAAUAAAUGUUUUCCCUUCAUCAAGCUACACACAAUACCCCAUAAUGACAAAGCAAAAACUGUUUUUUAGAAAUGUUUGCUGAUAUGACAGUGUUGGUAUUUCUGCUGUAAAAUCACAUAUAUUGUAAUGUCCUUAAGUCUAUUGACCAACUGGUCAAUCUAAGUAUUUCGGAGUGAAGCGCAUGAUUGCCAAAAUCAACCUACGCUUCUUCUGACGUGGAAUUGUCAAGGAGGUGGACAGCUGGGCAAGUGAAAUAACCUUUUGUUUAUCAAUCACAUUCUAUUAUAUCUGAAGUUAUUAUGUUUUCAAUGAACGUCAUAUCAGAGAGCACACAAUGUUUAAAUGUGUUACUUUUAGCUUAAAAAAGGUCGGUACCCUGUCUAGCCUGACAGAAGUUUGAGAGGGCAAAGACUGUGGCGCCGGAGUUGAAGCCCCAUCAAAGUAGUUUCACCAUGGCACAUGAUCGAUCUGCAUCCAUAAAUUCAGCUUGUCAUGGAUGGAAGCUCAAGUUGUGGAUGGCCAUGUGCAGGCGAUAGUUCACCACAGCCCCCCUCCCCUCCUGAGGCCCUCCUGGUGAAGGUGCAGCCUGUCGUGGAUCAAAGCCCAGUGGACACUUCAACACAGAUAUGGACACGGCCCCUCUCCCCCGAAGACCUCCUAACACAGAUGCAGCUGCUCCGCCAAGAGGUUGUGGAGCUUAGUGCUUCUAUCAGCCAAGUUCUGGAUGAACCCGAGACAAGCUAUUUGGACGCACCGACACCACCUCUCCCUAAAGCCGCCUGGGCCUCCAAGGGUGAGCCUCAGAGGGCCCUGAGCCGGUCCUCCAUCUCUAAGAGUGUGGGCAUGUCAUGGCCGUACUCCAUCUACCCUCACUGUGACCUCAUCGGCCAACCAGUUCCUGAGGAGAAGCCUGUGGUAAUGGUUGACAAGGCUUCCUCAACGCCCAAGAAGAUGUCUUUCUGGAGGAGGCUGGUAUGUUGUUUUGGGAAGAGGAACAAGACUAGAUCCACUAAGAACAACAAGGUCAAGAAGAAGACCAAGGCAAAGGGGGAGAAGACCAAGGUCCAGGAGAAGACCAAGGCCAAGAAGAUGUCUUUCUGGAGGAUGCUGGCAUGUUGUUUUGGGAAGAGGAACAAGACUGGAUCCACUAAGAACAACAAGGUCAAGAAGAAGACCAAGGCAAAGGGGGAGAAGACCAAGGUCCAGGAGAAGACCAAGGUGGAGAAGGACACUGCCAUGACCAGGGGAUGUUUCUCCACGUAUUUCAACCUCAUAAAACUGCUCACAAAGUAAUACGACAAACGGGUGAAGAAGUGAACCAGGACUUUUAUCGAAUUGUUUUUCCUAUAGAGUCAGCGGGAAAAACCUGGUUGCCUGAUCCAAAGACAAACACAUCCUAUCCAUCAGGAUAUCCCGAAUGGGAGAGAUCAUAACAUACUUAUCAAGGCUGGGGUGGUUAAUGUUGUUAAUCAUGUUUUCAAUAAAGUUUUCUAAAUGA